AUGUCGGCGAAAGGCAUUGCCUUCCACCCCAAGCGGCCAUGGAUCCUCGUCUCCCUGCACUCGUCCACAAUUCAGCUCUGGGACUACCGCAUGGGCACCCUCAUCGACCGCUUCGAAGAGCACGAUGGCCCCGUCCGCGGCAUCGACUUCCACAAGACCCAGCCUCUGUUCGUCUCAGGAGGAGACGACUACAAGAUCAAGGUGUGGUCGUAUCAGACGCGCCGCUGCCUCUUCACCCUCAACGGCCACUUGGACUACGUGCGCACCGUCUUCUUCCACCACGAGCUCCCGUGGAUCCUGUCCAGCUCCGAUGACCAGACCAUCAGGAUAUGGAACUGGCAGAACCGCUCUCUCAUCUGCACCAUGACCGGCCACAACCACUACACGAUGUGCGCGCAGUUCCACCCCAAGGAAGACCUCGUCGUCUCCGCCUCGCUCGACCAGUCCGUGCGCGUCUGGGAUAUUUCUGGACUCCGCAAGAAGCACUCCGCGCCGACCUCGAUGACCUUCGAAGACCAGAUGGCACGCGCCAAUGCGAACCAGGCUGACAUGUUUGGUAACACGGACGCCGUCGUCAAGUUUGUGCUGGAGGGCCACGACCGCGGCGUCAACUGGGUUGCGUUCCACCCCACGCUUCCAUUGAUCGUCUCCGCCGGCGACGACAGACUGGUCAAGCUGUGGAGAAUGAGUGAGACCAAGGCCUGGGAAGUGGACACCUGCCGGGGGCACUUCCAGAACGUGUCUGCUUGCUUGUUCCACCCCCACCAAGACCUCAUUCUUUCUGUUGGAGAAGAUAAGAGCCUCCGCACGUGGGACCUCAAUAAAAGAACUAGUGUAGGGUCUUUUAAGAGGGAAAACGACCGUUUCUGGGUAAUCGCGGCUCAUCCGGAGAUCAACUUGUUCGCUGCUGGCCACGAUAACGGUGUGAUGGUGUUCAAGCUCGAGCGUGAAAGGCCUGCCUCCGCAGUCUACCAGAACCAGCUCUUCUACAUUACCAAGGAGAAGCAUGUGCGCUCCUACGAUUUCGCCAAGAACAUCGAAUCGCCGUCUAUGCUGUCGUUGAAGAAGCUAGGCAGCCCGUGGGUGCCUCCGAGAACUCUGUCCUACAAUCCCGCCGAACGCGCAAUCCUGGUUACUUCACCCGCGGACGGAGGUUGCUACGAGCUCAUCAGCCUGCCCCGUGAUGCUAGCGGAGCCGUCGAGCCGACGGAUACCAAGCGUGGACCCGGCAACUCUGCGGUUUUCGUUGCUCGCAACAGGUUUGCCGUCUUCAACCAGGGCAACCAACAGAUCGACAUCAAGGAUCUGUCCAACUCCACGACCAAGACGAUCAAGCCUCCUCACGGCACCACAGAUAUAUACUUCGGUGGAACGGGUUGCUUAUUGCUCAUCACGCCCACGUCCGUGGUCCUCUAUGACAUUCAGCAGAAGAAGAACCUUGCCGAACUCGCUGUCAAUGGCGUCAAGUACGUCAUUUGGUCCAACGACGGUCUUCACGCUGCGCUCCUGAGCAAGCACAACGUUACGAUUGUCACGAAGAAUCUCGAGCAGGUGUCUACUCUGCACGAGACCAUCAGGAUCAAGAGCGCUACGUGGGACGAUGCGGGCGUCCUUCUCUACUCCACAUUGAACCACAUUAAGUACACGCUCAUGAACGGCGACAACGGUAUUGUCCGCACUCUGGAGCACACUGUCUACCUCGUCAGGGUGAAGGGCCGCAGCGUCUACUGCUUGGACCGCUCUGCGAAGCCUAAGAUCCUCCAGAUUGACCCGACCGAAUACCGCUUCAAGCUCGCUCUCAUCAAGCGCAACUACGACGAGAUGCUCAACAUCAUCAAGACCUCCAGCCUUGUCGGUCAGAGCAUCAUCGCCUACCUGCAGAAGAAGGGCUACCCGGAGAUUGCGCUCCAGUUCGUCCAGGACCCGCAGACUAGGUUCGAGCUCGCAAUCGAGUGCGGCAAUCUCGACGUGGCGGUCGAGAUGGCCAAGCAGCUCGACAGGCCCAAGCUGUGGAGCCGUCUCAGUGCCGAGGCUCUCGCCCACGGAAACCACAAGGUUGUUGAGAUGACCUACCAGAAGCUGCGCACAUUCGACAAGCUCUCCUUCUUGUACCUCUCAACUGGCGACAAGGAGAAGCUUACUCGCAUGGCCAAGAUUGCGGAGCACCGCGGUGACAUGACUUCCCGAUUCCAGAACGCAGUCUACCUCGGCGACGUCGAGAGCCGGAUCGAGAUGUUCAAGGAAAUCGACCAAUACCCCCUGGCGUACAUGCUGGCCAAGUCGAAUGGCUUGGAGGAGGAGUGCCAAAACAUUCUCGAGGCCAGCGGCUUGACCGAGGAUCAAAUUUCCCUUCCGGAGAUCGGUCAGCCCUUGGCUCCUCCCAAGCCCGUCGUUCCCACUUACACCGCCAACUGGCCCGUUAAGAGCUCUGGCACUUCUGUCUUCGAGAAGGCGUUGAUGGGCGAGGAGUUGGAUGCGGACGAGUUGGCGCCCGCGACUAACGGCUAUGGCGACGAGGAUCUCAUAGAGACCGAAGACGCCGCGCGCGAUGGUGGCUUCGAGGAUGCCGAGGAGGACGAGGAUGCGGCUGGCUGGGACAUGGGAGGCGACGAUGACAUCGAGGUCGAAGACGAUUUCGUCAAUGUGGAGAGCGUCGAGGCCGGUGCUGGCAGCAGCGAGGCUGACCUGUGGACGAGGAAUUCCCCGAUUGCUGCCGAUCACGUUGCCGGCGGUUCGUUCGAGAGCGCGAUGCAGCUUCUCAACAGGCAAGUCGGCGCGGUCAACUUCAAGCCGAUCGAGUGGAGAUUCCAGGAGAUCUACCAGGCCUCAAGGACGUUCUUGCCCGCAAGCGUUGGCCUGCCUCCGCUCGUGAACUACGUCCGGAGGACGAUCGACGAGACUGACUCAAGGAAAGUCCUGCCUAUCAUCCCUCGUGACCUGGAAUCCAUCACUGCUACUGAGCUCGCCGCCGGCAAGAACGCGAUGCGCACCAACAAGCUGGAAGACGGUGUCGUGACCUGGAAGAAGAUCCUGCAUUUGAUGCUGCUCAAUGCCGUCACUACCCAGGCCGAAGUUGCAGAGGCCAAGAGGCUCAUCGCGACCGCCGGCCAAUACACACUAGCCAUGAGCAUCGAGCUCGAGCGCCGUCGCCUGACCAACAACAGUCAGGACAUUUCGGCUCUGGAGGAGGACACAAGAAAACGGGCGUUCGAGCUGGCUGCCUACUUCACAGUACCGGAGCUCGAGCCAGCACACAAGGCACUGGCCCUCUUUGCCGCGAUGAACUUCUCCCACAAGAACAAGCAACACAACAGCGCGUUAUCAUUCGCUAACACCCUGCUGGACCGCGGCUCAACGAACGCCAAGUUCAAGGAGAGCGCACGCAAGAUCAAGACGGUGUGCGAGCGCAACCCCAACGACGCAGUCGAAAUCGAUUUCGACACGUUCGCCGACUUCGAGAUUUGCGCGGCAAGCUACACUCCUAUCUACACCGGCUCGCCCAGCGUCGCUUGCCAGUACUGCGGCGUGAAGUACCAGGCCAAGUUCAAGGGCACCGUUUGCAAGGUCUGCGAGGUUUGCCAGCUCGGUGCACCGGCGAGCGGCUUGAGGCUGUGCUUGUGA